AUGGCUGAGGCUCGGUCUAUUGCUACACCAAUGGUAAGUGGCCCAUUGCUAUCUGCACGACAAGGUGAGCAUUUUUCUGAUGUUCAUCUUUAUAGAAGUAUUGUGGGUGCCUUGCAAUAUGCUACUUUGACUCGUCCUGAGAUAUCUUUUAGUGUUAACAAGGCGUGUCAGUUUAUGCACUCUCCCACUUUGAUUCAUUGGCAAUUAGUUAAACGGAUUCUGCGAUAUCUAAAGGGUACUAUUGAUCAUGGUUUGUUCUUAGCCAAACCGAUUACUUUCUCUCUUCAUGGCUAUGCGGAUGAAGAUUGGGCGUCUGAUCCGGAUGAUAGAAAGUCUACCUCUGGCUUUUGUGUGUUCUUUGGUGGUAAUCUUGUUACAUGGGGUUCAAAGAAACAGUCUAUCAUUUCUCGUUCCAGUACCGAGGCUGAAUACCGUUGUCUUGCCACUACUGUCACUGAGUUGUGUGAAUCUGGUUCUGCACUCCAAGACCAACAUGUGGAGCUUGAUAUUUAUUUUGUUUGUGAUCUUGUUCUAAAAAAGAAACUAUUGGUAUAUCAUCUACUUGCUUCUAAUCAGAUUGCUGAUGUGCUUACUAAGCCGUUGUUUGCUGUCAAUUUCAAUCGAUUAAAGUUCAAGCUCAAUGUUCGGGAUCCAUCCUCCAUUGGCUUGCGGGGGGUGUUAAGACAGCUCACUGAUAUUCUCUAA